CCUGCAGUAUGAAACAAGUACAGAGGUGUUCACGCCUGUUAGAGAUCACAUCUGAGGGCUGAUUCCGUUUAAACUAACAUCCCUGGAGUGUUGGUGCGGUCAUUUAAAGGAACCUGCGUCCUCCUCUGCGGAGCAGCAGGCAGUGCAGAGAUGCUGCGCUGAUGCUGCUGCGUUUCCUCAUGAAUACCGAGUGCCGUGAAAUGUCUCUGCUUUUCGAGAGGACCAUUAUCGGCGCGCGCUGGACACACACAACCUUUUCUCGGAUGGUGUAUUCCUGCGCGCAGUGGGGAAGAUAGUCCAAUGAACGUGUAUGUGCUGGGACACAAAGCAGCAGCGACAUGGCAAACUGUCCAGACCCCUGGUUGCCAUGGGUGACAGUUCGUCAUGAGUGCAUUGGCCUGAGGUCCUACCGGGUCUCUCCAUUUACAUCUGUUCAAGAUGUCAAGCAGUUGCUGUACGAGGAGACAAACCUCCCAGUCAAAGAGCAACGACUGACUCACAAUGGGAGAAUGCUGGAUAACAGUGUGCAAAUUGGUACUUUGGUGCCCGUGGGAAGCCCAGAAGUAUCUGUCAUUCUGGAGGGACGAGGCCUAAAAGGAGGAGGAAGGUUUGGACAGACAACACCUCCGUUAGUUGAAUUUUUGAAAGAUAUCCUGAGGAGAUAUCCUGAAGGUGGACAGAUUCUAAAGGAGCUGAUCCAAAAUGCUGAGGAUGCUGGAGCCACAGAGGUCAAGUUCAUGUACGAUGAGACAGAGUAUGGAGCGGAGUCACUGUGGUCACCUGACAUGGCUCAGCAUCAAGGAACAGCACUGUACGUGUACAAUGACGCUGUGUUCACUGUGGAAGACUGGAAUGGGAUUCAGGAGAUCGCAAGGAGCAGGAAGAGAGAAGAUCCUUUAAAAGUUGGACGAUUUGGCAUCGGCUUCAAUUCCGUGUACCAUAUUACAGAUGUUCCCAGUAUAUUCAGUGGAGACCAAAUCGCCAUGCUGGACCCCCAUCAGACCCUGUUUGGCGUGAAUGAGUCGGGCCAAUGCUGGAACUUGAAGUCGGACAUUAAGGAGAUCACGGAACUAGCUGACCAGUUUGCUCCAUACUUUGGGAUGUUUGGGAGUUCCAAUCAAACCAUUCAGGACGGCCACUUUCCUGGAACUCUGUUUCGCUUCCCGCUUCGCAUGAAACCAUCUCAGCUCAGCAGCAACAUUUACAACAAGGAAAAGGUUUUGGAGCUUUUUGAAUCUUUCAAAGCUGACGCAGACACGGUGCUCCUCUUCCUUAAAAGUGUGCAAAAAAUAUCCUUGCAUGUGCGCGAGUCUGAUGGCACAGAGCGCAUGUUGUUUCAGGUUACAGCAAUGGAGAAUACUGAUGAUAAGCUAGAAAGACCGAAUGCACUGAAGAUACUGGGACAGGCUAUAGACAGCUAUAGCAACGGGGUUCCCAGCUCUGCCAUCACGUGCGUCACUUACCAGCUCAACAUCGAGACUCAGGAUGAAACGGCUAAAGAGACCCAGAGGAUGACGUGGCUGGUGUGUAAUGGAGUUGGGGGAAGAGGGAUGUGUGCUGAGUUGGACUCUUUGGCAGAUGAUUUGAAGUUUAUGCCUAGCAUAGGCAUUGCUCUGCCUCUUACUCUGUUUAACAGAGAGGACCAAGGUGCAACAUCCGGUUUCUCAGGACGAGCUUUUUGUUUCCUUCCUCUUCCUCCUGGAGAAGAGAGCGAAACGGGCCUUCCUGUUCAUGUCAGCGGCUUCUUUGGCCUCACGGACAACCGCAGGAGUAUCAAGUGGCGGGAAGUGGACCAGUGGAGGGAUCCAGCUGCCUUGUGGAAUGAGCUUCUUAUAAUUAGUGUCAUCCCGAGGGCUUACUUCACUCUCAUAAUUGAGGCUAUCAAAAGGGUACAGAUAAAAAAGGACCAAGACUUUCCAUUGUCUCCUACAGGAAGCUAUAGGGCCUGGCCAGACCCUAAGCGGGUCAAGUCCCGCUGGAAACCCAUUCUCCAGCCACUAUUUGAUGAAUUGUUGCAGCACCAAGUAAUCUAUUCCCUCAGCGAGAGCUGGGUCAGGGUGGACCAGACUGUGUUCUCAGAGCUGGACACAGACGAUGGCAUUUCAGAGACUGUGAUCAACUACCUCCAAAGCUCAGGAAUGCAGGUGGCAAAGGUGCCUUCUGCUGUGGACUUUGUCUUGGCUGCCUACAUGACUCAGUCCGGUGAAGUGAGGAAGGUGACGCCAUCGUUGGUGCGGCAAGUGAUCAGGAAGAGCAGACACACAGGUCCCUCACAGGAGAAGCUGCUGCUGCUGGAGUUUGCACUUGGAGAUGCUAAUUACAGUGACCUUAUAGGACUUGAGCUCCUGCCACUCCAAGAUGAGACCUUUAUAACGUUUUCAUCCUCUGUGACCGAAAAAGAUGCCAUUUACAUUGCUUCUGAGGAGUACCCCAGGUCUUUGUAUCCAGGACUGGAGCAUCGAUUCAUAUUAGAGAGUAUCAAGCCUUCAGUGAUGGACAGUUUGAAGAAAGCUGCCAAAUGCAGAGGUAGACCCUGCACUCAGCUACAAGUGCUGAACCCUGAACGUUCAGCUCGACUCAUCAAGGAGAUCCUGUCAACAGCCUGGCCAACCAGAGACUUUAAAGUUCAUUGGGAUCCUGGAAACAGGGAGUUGAAGCAUCCUACACUUUCCUGGCUAAAGUUGAUUUGGAAGCAUCUCUAUAUAUAUUUUGCUGAUGACCUAAAUACAUUUGAAGACAUGCCUUUGAUCCCACUUGUGCCACUCGAGGAAAGCACACACACAGUGGAGCUUCUUCGUUUCAAAACUCCAUCACCCAUAGUACUUGUGGAUGAGGAAGAGGCGCCACUUUCUGAAAACGUGCUUGACAUCAUAGAAAAGCUUGGAGGAGUAGUGAUAAAAAAGCUGGAUCCCUGUUUGCAGCAUCCUCUGCUAAAAAAUUACAUUCACCCAUGCUCUCCUGGUAUGCUUCUGCAAAUUAUGAGUAGAACAUCAGCCCAACGAUUAUCAAGCCAAGUCUCUUCUUUCUCAGUGGAAGAGAAAAUUGCACUCAGAAAUUUUCUUGCAGGGCUGUCUGACAUUACAGAGAAGGAGAAGUAUAUCCUACUUGACCUUUCCAUCUUUAAAAAACUGGGUACAUGCUCUAAAGGUACCUCAGCAUUCACAUCACUGAGAGGGGCCAGAGCUUUACACCACAGAGCCAAGCACCCGCCAGAUGUGAAAUUAUCUGAAAAUCUUGUUUCUUGCUCUGAUGAGGAAUCAAUUCGCCUCAUCAAAAUGCUAAAUGUUGAACAAGUGAAAACAACAGAAUGUUUCAAAAUGAUUAUUCAGGAUAUUGAGAGAGGUUACUACACAACAGAUGAGACAACUGAAAUCAUGCUCUGGGCUCUUAAACAUUUGGCUUUUCUAAAGAAUGAAAACUCAGCCGUGAUUGGAUGGCUUUCUGCUCUUAAAUUCAUUCAGCUGCCUUGUGGAAAGUCAGUCAAAGCGACAGAUCUUUUUGAUCCUGAGCUAGAGAUCCUGCAAAAUCUAUUCUUCAUGGAGGAAAAAAACAGGUUUCCCACAAGUACAUUCACAUCAUCUCCAGAUAUUCUUCAUUCACUCAGACAACUGGGACUAAGAAAUGAAGUACAGCUCAGUGAAAAAGAUGUACUUCGAGUGGCAAAGAAGAUAGAGGAGUUGCAAAGCAGUGAGGAACCUAAAUGGGACUUGAUAAUUAAAAAAGCAAAAACACUGCUGCAAAUACUUAACAAACAGACCAAGCUUGUAAAAUCAGCUGAUGCUCAGACAGCUUUGCUUAAACUAAAAUGGGCACCGGUCUGUAAAGACAGACCCUUAACUUACCCUAAAUCUCUUGCUUGGGUUGGAGAUACUCUCCAUAUCUGCUCUUUGUCUGAAAUGUGUGAAAUAUCCCAUGCAGUGCUUGUGGGAUCUUCAGUACCACUGGUUGAACACACAUCUGCAGGUAUGAAGAAGGCACUGAAACUGACUAUGGAGCCACAAGUGGAUCAAGUAUUACAACACUUGAAAGCAGUGAAUGACUGGCAUAAAUCUCAGGCAUUCACCACAGAGGAUUGGUAUCAGUUCCAGCAGAUCUUGUUUGAGAUUUAUGGCUUCAUGCAGGCUCAUCUUGAGGAUGCAAGAGAAGCAAUGAAAUCACUGCCUUUUGAUUGGGUGUGGACAGGGAAGACGUUCUCAUCACCUGGCCAGACAGUUUUAAAAGCCCUCCCUGAUCUAGACUUGCAGCCUUACCUCUACUCUCUGCCCAAGACAAUUAGGAAGUUUCACAAGCUUUUUAAGUUCUGUGGUUCAGUUGAAGAGGUUGUCCCAGACCAUGUGUUCAAAGUCAUUGCUCUCAUUCGACAGAGAUGUGAAGGAGAGAUGACCAAGGAAGAAAGCAAACGUGAUAUUCUACUUUUAAUCAACAUCCUGAGAUGGCUGUACAACAAUCAGAUACCUGUAGACACUAACAUGCAUGUGCCCAUUCUUUGUUACAAGGACCCAAGCAGGUUAGCGAUGAAGCCCAUCCAUGAAUGUACCUACUGUGAUAUCAAAGUUGAUGAUUUGAACGACUUACUCGAAGACGCUUCAGAACCAAUUAUAUUGGUCCAUGAUGACAUUCCUAUGAAAACAGCAGAGUGGCUGAAGGUCCCAUGUUUGAGCACACGCUUGAUAAACCCAGAGAAUCUUGGCUUUGAACAGUCUGGCCAACAAGAACCUCUAACAGUGAGAAUAAAAAAUAUCUUGGAGGAAUAUCCAUCUGUAGCAGACAUUUUCAAAGAGCUUCUUCAAAAUGCUGAUGAUGCAAGUGCAACAGAAUGCAGUUUUCUCAUUGACAUGAGAAAAAACACUGACAUUCGGGAGAAUCUCCUUGACCCUGGCAUGAUUGUUUGCCACGGGCCUGCCUUGUGGUCUUUCAAUAAUGCCGUAUUUUCAGACACAGACUUUCUGAACAUCACAAGAUUAGGUGGAUCAGUGAAAAGGUGUGAAGCAGACAAAGUUGGCAAGUUUGGCUUGGGUUUUAACUCUGUUUAUCACGUUACAGAUAUCCCCAUCAUAAUGAGCAGAGAGUUCAUGAUUAUGUUUGAUCCAAACAUUAAUCACAUCAGCAAGCACAUCAGAGACAGGUCUAAUCCAGGGAUCAAAAUCAACUGGAACAAACAACAGAGGAGGCUGAGAAAGUUUCCCAAUCAGUUCAAACCUUUCAUUAAUGUCUUCAACUGCCAGCUUCCUUUAGCUCAGGACUCGCCAUACAAAUACAAUGGUACACUGUUCAGACUUCCAUUCAGAACAGAGCAGGAAGCGUCAGUAAGUGAAAUCAGCAGUCUGUACUACAAUACCACAGAUAUCUACUCUCUCGUUGAUGAGUUCAGCAUAUGUGGACACAGAUUCAUUCUGUUCACUCAACAUGUUGGAAGCAUGGUCUUGAAAUACCUGAAAUAUGAGGAACCAAAUCCAGCAGGAGCGCAAGAUGUCGUGGUAAUAAACAAAAGUGUGUGGUCAUCCAAAGCCUCAUAUGGACCUCUAAGUAUCCUAAAAUCUGCAGCAAAGGUUAUGAAGAAAGUAGCAAGCACCAGCAAGGUACCUUCUGAUGUUCCCAAGUCUGGAUGCAUCAUACGUGUUAUGGUGGAGGAGUUUCACAAUGUGUUCAAGCGCAUUGUUGAUCUCCACUCCCCACUGUUCCGAGGUUCAGAGGAAGAUCCUAACCAGUACUUUGAGAUGGCUGCUAAAGGUGUUCAGACAAGAAGACUCACAGAUGAAAUGCCCCAGAAGGCAGUUGAGGUCACGAACUGGCUCAUUUGCUCAUGCAUGGAUGCAAAUGAGGCACUCAAAUUUUCCCUUAGUGAUAGUGGAAAAAGAUUAGGACUAGUGCCUUGUGGAGGGGUGGCCAUUCUUCUCUCAGAGGAAGAGAAUAGAAAAUGGACAGUGAAGACAAAUGCAACACCAAUCGGAGAGGUGUUUUGUUACUUACCUUUAAAAAUCAAAACAGGCCUACCAGUCCAAAUUAAUGGCUGCUUUGCUGUGACAUCAAACCGUAAAGAGAUUUGGAAGACAGACACCAAAGGACAGUGGAAUUCUAUAUUCAUGAGACAUGUCAUUGUCCAGGCCUAUUUAGCAGCUCUCACCAUGCUACGGUUAAUGGCCGAAAGUGGAGAACUACUGAAGUAUAACUACUAUGCAGCUUGGCCAGAUCCAGGUCAGGUACAUGAUGACUUCAGACUGAUCAGCCAGGGUGUCUACCAAGAAAUAGCCAAAGGAGGUGACAGUGAGCAUGCAAGAGUUUUCUCAGAUGGCAAAACGUGGGUGUCAAUCAAAUGUGUCAGAUUCCUUGAUGAUGCCUUACUCUGCAGGUCAGACAUAGGACCCGCUGCUUUCAAAAUCUUCUUGAAAUACCUCAAAAAGAGUGGCUCACAAAACCUCUGUGCUGUUGAGCUGCCUGACUGGGUGAAGGAAGGAUUUGAUGAUGCUGGGUGCAAAGGAAAGCUGAUGGAAAACACCCUGACAGAGAAGCAGUUCUUUUCAGAUGUCUUUUUCCCACACAUCCAGGAAAUUGACAAAGAGCUUAGGGACCCUCUAAUGCAUUAUGUUUUGAAUGAGAAACUAGAGGAUUUUGCAUCAAUCCUCAGGGUUACACCUUGUAUCCCAUGCUCCGGCCCCAACACGGAACUGGUUUUACCUUCUAAACUUAUUCACCCAGAGGGAAGAGUUGCUAAACUCUACAACGCUGAUGAUGGAAGAUUUCCUGAAGGAACUUCUAAAGACUAUGUAAACCCUGUAUGUUUAGUAAAGCUAGUGCAGUUAGGUAUGGUAAAAGACGAUCUGUCAUGGGAGGACCUGAUUGAGCGUGCUCAUUCUGUCAUGGAUCUUAAUGAAAGUGAUCAUACAGCUGCAUGCUUCCGUAGUAGUAUACUACUCAAUCUCAUUGACGAAAAGCUGAAGAUGAGAGAUGAAGGAACAGCUGAGCAUUUGGAGAAACUGCAGGACAUCAGGUUUCUUCCAUUCCUCACAAGGCCUGCAGGAUUCUCUCUCCCAUGGCAUGGGAACAACUUUUCCCCAACAACAAUGUUCUCUGCCAGAGAGCUCUUCACAACUGAACAUCAGGACACAGUGUGUCUGAUGAAGCCAAUCCUGAACGAGAAUUCCCCAUCCUUUAAAGGUUGUGGUGCAAUCUCGCUAGCUGUGAAAGACUGUCUUGGUCUAAUAAGGAAACCCUCAGUUGGACUGGUCAUCAGUCAGCUAAAGAAGCUCUCUCAGGCUUUUGAUGGUGUAACUCUGUAUCAGGAAAACAUAACAAAUGCCUGUUACAAAUAUCUUCAUGAGGAGAUGCUACAGGACGAAAGUGCAAAAGAUCAGAUAACUGAGGAACUGAAAUCCUUCAGCUCCAUCCUGGUAGAGAACACAUAUGUCAGUCCUUCCAAAGUUGCUUUCCACCUAAAUUUUGAUGCAGCUCCACAUCUUUACCAGCUCCCCAACAAGUACAGAAACAGCUGCCGUGAGCUUUUUGAAAGUGUUGGGGUACAACCUAGCUUCACAGUGGAAGAUUUCUCAGCUGUUCUGGAAACUAUGAAGCAAGAAUGUGGACGAAAAGUACUCAGUGAGGAAAACUUCCAGUUAUGUCGCAGAAUUAUUAGUGAAGGAAUAUGGAGCCUAAUACGAGACAAGAACCAAGAAUACUGUCAAGUGAAUUAUGGUGAGAUUCUGUUACCCGACUCCAAUCUAAUGCUGCAGCCAUCAAAAUCCCUGUGCUACAAUGACUGCCCCUGGAUCAAAGUCAGAGACUCAACGGUGAAAUACUGUCACGGGGAUAUUCCAAGAGAGGUUGCUGUAAAAUUAGGAGCAGUCCCAAAACGUCAUAAAGCAUUGGAGAGAUAUGCCUCAAAUGUCUGCUUUACCACACUUGGGAGUGAGUUUGGACAAAAAGAAAAGCUCACAAGCAGAAUUAAAAGCAUUCUCAAUGCUUACCCAUCGGAAAAAGAAAUGUUGAAAGAGCUGCUUCAAAAUGCAGAUGAUGCCAAAGCAACAGAGAUUUACUUUGUUUUUGAUCCAAGAACGCACCCCACAGAUAGAAUAUUUGACGAUAAAUGGAUCCCGAUGCAAGGCCCAGCGCUCUGUGUAUUUAACAAUCAACCAUUCACAGAAGAUGAUAUCAGAGGUAUACAGAAUCUUGGGAGAGGAACAAAAGAGGCCAAUCCAGGAAAAACUGGUCAAUAUGGCAUAGGAUUCAAUUCAGUCUACCACAUAACUGACUGUCCAUCCUUCAUCUCUAACAAUGACAUUCUUUGUAUCUUUGAUCCACAUGCACAGUAUGCACCUGGGGCCACAUCUGUGAGUCCUGGAAGAAUGUUUCGAGACUUGGACUCUGACUUCAGGUCUCAGUUUUCAGAUGUUCUUAAUCUUUACUUAGGAGCUCAUUUUAAGUUGGAACGGAGCACAAUGUUCAGAUUUCCCAUCCGCUCUACAGACAUGGCAAAGACAUCAGAGAUCAGUUCUGUCGCUGCGUCUGACAGGAUGGUACAGAACCUUCUGGAUAAGCUUAAAACUGAUGGUGCAGAGCUUUUGAUGUUUCUUAACCACAUGGAGAAAAUAUCAAUCUGUACUAUUGAUCAAUCAUCUGGUGAACUAAAAGUGCUCUACUCUGUGACAGCCAAAAUAACAGAUGGUGACCGAUUGAAACGCAAACAAUUUCAUGCCUCUGUCAUCGACAGUGUGACCAAAAAGAAGCCGCUUCCUGCUAUCCCAGUCCAGCAGAUAACCUACACAAUGGACAUAGAGGAUACUGAGGGAAAUCUGACUACAUGGAUGAUCUGCAACAGAUCCGGCUUCCCUAACAUUGAAAAUGUCUCUAAAAGUGUGAUCUCAGCUCACAAAAAUGAAGACAUCACCCUGUUUCCACGUGGAGGGGUAGCUGCAUGUGUAAGUCACAACUACAAAAAACCCCACAGAGCUUUCUGCUUUCUUCCUCUUUCACUCGAGACAGGGUUACCCUUUCAUGUCAAUGGACAUUUUGCCCUAGAUUCUGCCAGAAGAAACCUGUGGAGAGAUGACAAUGGAGUUGGGGUGAGGAGUGACUGGAAUAACAAUCUGAUGACAUCACUGAUAGCACCCGCCUGUGUUGAAUUGCUGAUUCAGCUCAAGCGUCGAUACUUCCCAGGUCCAGAUCCCACCAUGACUAUAGUCCAAGGAACACCACUUCAUGUUGUUAAAGAUACACUGCGGAAAUAUCUGUUCUUCUUCCCAGCCAACAGACUUGAUAUACAGCCAGACUGGUACUGCCUGGUUAAAGCAGUAUACAGCUGUAUCCAUGCUGACCUGAAACGUCUCCUUCCUGUUGUCAGAGCAGCACAGAUGGACAACUCUGAGAUACACUCUGUCAUUUAUAUUUCAUGGGUGAAUACAUCUACAACAAACAAGGGAAGAGCCUUUUUUGAUAACCUACUACAAGAUGAACUUCAGCAUUUGAAAAACACAGAGUACAACCUAACUUCAAGGAAGUCUGUGGCUGAAAAUGUCUACAGGCUGAAAACCUUGCUUCUUGAUAUUGGUUUCAACCUGAUUCACAGCUGCGAUGAAACUGCAAAUCUCUACUUCUGUUUGGAAGAUGCAGGGAUUCCAGUACGUUAUGUUACACCAAGUGAUGUCCGUAACUUUCUUUACACUUUCUCAUCACCGGAUACAUCAUGCCAUGUUGGAAAACUCCCCUGUCGUCUCCAGCAGUCAAACUAUAAGCUAGUUCAUAACUUGAAGCUUCUAGUGGACUACUGUUUUAAAGAUAUAGAGGAAAAUGAAGUCAAAGUCGAGGGCUUGCCUCUGUUGGUAACAAUGGACAACAUGCUUCAGGUGUUUGAUUCAAAGAGACCAAAGUUCCUGACAGCACACCAUGAACUGAUAUCAUCUAGGAAAGACAUGUUCAUGAACACAUUGUACAUUAGGUACAGCAACAUCCUGUUGAAUGCAGGAGUUGCAAAAAGCUUUGACAUCAGCAGCUUUGGGGACCUACUUGGGUCUGUUCUUCCAAGAGAGUAUCGAUCAAAGAUUCCUGUGAAAUGGAGAGAUACCUUUGCAAGUGAAUCCUGGCUAAAGAAUGUGUGGAACUUCAUCAGUGAGAAUAUCGCUGUUAAGGAUAAUCAGGUGGAAGUGAAACCUAGCUUCGACACAGUGCUUGAAAUUCUGAAAGAUUGGGCUUUGAUUCCUGGAAUCAAAUUCAUGGCCAGAGAAAAGCUUGUUGUUCCAGAGUAUGAUGUGCUUCUACCUCUGAGCUUGAUGAGCAUUGCCAUAUUUCCACAGGGCCAAAAUGACAAAGUCUUUCAUACCCUAAUGAAAGCAGGGUGUAUUCAACUUGCAGUUAACAAAAUCUGUGUCAAAGAGAGUCAGCUCGUGCCUUUUCUGACACAGUACACUGCAAACAUUGAAAAUCCAUCAAGUGUUCUGAAAGCUGUAGAGUACAUGAUUCAGACAUCUGCAUUCAAAUCAGGAAACCUGAAUGACAAGGACUUUGAGGCUUUUUUGUUAUAUUUCAACUGCAACUUGGCUAGCCUCACACAAGAAGAUGCACAGAGCCUAAAACUCCUCCCAUGCUUUAAAUCAGUUAGCGGAAAAUAUAUCAGCAUUGCUAACUACGGGGCAAACUAUGUUCUUGCCAAAAGUCUCCCUUCUGCGGACAUAGACAAAUGGGCGAACACUAACUCCUUUGCAUUUCUUGCAGAUUGUCCGCAGCUCAAAGAGUUGUAUACGUUCCUUGGCUGCAUGCCAAUAGAUGACUUAGAAAUCUACCUCCAUCAUCUUCUGCCAAAGUUUGAGAGUCUUUCCUAUGAUGCCAAAGUUGAACACAUUGUCUAUCUGAAGGAGAGGCUUUUGGCAAUGGAAGAACCAUGUGAGAUGAAAGAUCAGCUCUAUGAGAAACUGAAGGAACUGUCGUUCAUCUAUGACUACUCAAACAGAAUCAGGCCAACUAAGUUCUUCUAUGAUAAAACAGUUAAAGUGUUUGAAGUUAUGCUACCUACAAAGUCAUUCAUACCUACUGAGUUUUUUAAAAAAGUAGAGCAAGUGUCAAAACCCAAGAAUGGGACAUUGUUGCUCACCUCAUGGAUAAAUUUUCUGAGAAAUAUUGGUCUCAAGCAUGAAGUAUCACAGCAGCAAAUUCUUCAGUUUGCAAAAGAGAUCAGCAUCAAAGCGCAAACGGAGUGCUGGACCAAGGAAAAAGUGCAAACCAUUGUCGAUGUUCUUUUGAACCAUAUUUUCAGUGAGAGGAUGGACCUUUUUCAGGGCACUUUUCUCAAAGAGCUCUCAAUGAUACCUUUUCUGUGCCCUGAGAGAGCACCCAAAGAACUCAUCAAACUUCAUUCUCAGUACCAAGAGAUGAGUGGCACACUUCCUCUCAUACGUUUCAGUGGGUCCCAAGUGAAUCCAAAGUUCAAGCAAACAGAUAUUAUUCAUUUGCUUUGGACAUCAUGUCCAAUACUACCAGAGAAAGCUACACCUUUAAGCAUAAGGGACCAAGAGGGUAGCACUUUCACUGGGCAAGAACAACUUGACCAAGUGUUAAACAUGCUAGGUGUCAACUUGGACCCACCUCUGGAGAAAGUCAUAAGCAACUGUAAGAAUAUCUGCAGUAUAUCCAAUCCUGAUGAUGAAAUGGUGAAAACCAGGAACAAAGUUCUAAGAUCCACAUAUGAGUUCCUCAAUGCAGAUAAAAGAGAUUUCCGUUACCAGCUCCGUGGAGUAGCCUUUGUCAUGGUAGAAGAUGGCUGGAAAUUGCUAAAACCUGAAGAGGUGGUCAUUAAUUUGGACAAUGAAUCUGACUUCAAACCCUACUUGUACAAACUACCUCUAGAACUCGGUACCUUUCAUCAACUGUUCAAAGAGCUUGGUACAGAGGAUGUUGUGUCAACCAGACAAUAUGUUGAAGUGCUGUGGCGAAUUUACAGAAAUUCAGAGGGAAAGCAGCUUGACCCAAAUGAAAUGAGAACUGUGAAAAGGGUUGUUUCGGGAUUGUUCAAGUCUCUUCAUAAUGAGCCAAAGGACAUUCGCAAAGACCUUGAAGAUCUAAGAGAUCUGAUAUUUUACCUGCCAAGCCAUGAUGGUAGAUUAGCCAAAUCGAAUGUGUUGGUGUUUGAUGAUGCACCACACUACAAGAGCAGAAUUCAGGGUAAUGUUGGAGUUCAGAUGCUUGUGGAUCUGAGCCAGUGUUAUCUAGGCAAAGAUCAUGCCUACCACACAAAACUAAUCAUGCUACUUCCACAGAAGCUAAGGCCUAGACUGCUGAGUAGCAUUCUUGAAGAGCAACUUGAUGAGGACUCUCCAAAAAUGUGCCAGUUCGGUGCCCUUUGCUCGCUACAAGGUCGCCUUCAGCUGUUGCUCUCAUCAGAACAGUUCAUCACAGGACUGAUCAGAAUAAUGAAACAUGAGAACGAUAAUGCAUACCUUGUGAAUGAAGACAAAGCCAUACGUCUCUGCAAAGCGCUUUGUGAAGGGCUCAAAGUGUCCUGUUUUGAGAAACUCCAGACAACUUUAAGAGUGAAAGGAUGUAGCCCUAUCCCGCACAGUCGCAGCGAAACGCUAGCAUUCCUCAAGAGAUAUGGGACAGCUGUGAUUCACCUCUACAUCCAACAUUCAGACAGCAAAGACAUUAACUUUCUUUUGGCUCUUGCUAUGACACUGAAGUCUGCUACAGACAAUUUGAUUUCAGACACGUCGUACCUGAUUGCUAUGUUGGGCUGUAAUGACAUCUAUAGAAUCACAGAGAAGCUGGACAACCUUGGUGUUAAAUAUGAUUCAACAGAGCCUUCACAGCUUGAGCUACCCCUCCCUGGAACCCCAAUUCCAGCAGAGAUACAUCACACACUGCUCAUGGAUCCAAUGAAUGUAUUCUAUCCAGGGGAAUAUGUGGGUUAUCUUGUAGACUCUGAGGGGGGAGACAUAUAUGGCUCAUAUCAGCCCACCUAUACAUACGCCAUCAUUGUACAAGAAGUCGAAAGAGAAGAGGAAGAAAACACAAGUUUCCUUGGGAAAUGCUUCCAGAUCGACAUUGGUUAUAGUGAGUACAAAAUAGUUAGUUCCCUCGACUUAUACAAGUUCUCCAGACAAGAUGAAAGCACUCAAGUUCGAGACACAUCAACACCAUUAACACCUACGAGCCCAGACAGUCGUUCCUCUGGUCUACGAAUGGUCCCCCCUCCAUUUCCUGGCAAAGAAAACUUGCGACCCCCUCCACAUAAACAGUCUCCAAAAAAGAUCAAACUUAAGGCAUUGCCUGAGAUUCUUAAAGAAGUGACCUUAGUAGUUGAACAAGCCUGGAAGCUUCCUGAGACGGAGAGAAAAAAGAUUAUCCGAAGACUGUAUCUCAAAUGGCAUCCAGACAAAAAUGCAGAAAAUCUGGACAUUGCCACAGAAGUCUUCAAGCACCUACAGAAUGAGAUAAACAGGAUGGAGAAGCAGUCUUUGGCUGAUCAGCAAAAUACAGACAGGGCUUCCAGGAGAGCCUACUCUGCAUCAUCAACCCGCUUCCAGUCAGAGAAAUUCUCAUUUCAAAGGUUUUAUUCAUCGUGGAACCAGGAAGCAACGAGUCACAAAUCAGAAAGGCAACAGUUCAGGGAACAUUAUACAAGUUAUGCAAGUUCAUCACACUCGCAUCGUUUCUUUGUUCCCCCAACCUUUAAGACAGUUGGAAACCCUGUGGAGGCCCGCAGGUGGCUGAGACAAGCCAGAGCAAACUACUCUGCUGCUCGCAAUGACCUUCAUAAGAAUGCUAACGAGUGGGUUUGUUUCAAGUGCUACUUGGCCACAAAGCUUGCAUUGAUAGCUGCUGAUUAUGCUGUCAGAGGAAAGUCAGACAAAGAUGUAAAGCCAACUGCGCUGGCUCAAAAAGUAGAGGAGUACAACUCCCAGCUCAAAGGCCUCGCCAGUGACGUUCAGAUCCUGGAAGGAUACGGUGUGGACAGCCUGAGAACUCGCUACCCUGAUCUCCUGCCAUUCCCGCAGAUUCCCAAUGACAGAUACACAUCUGAGGUUGCAAUGAGAGUGAUGGAAUGUACUGCACGGAUAAUCAUAAAGCUUGAAACCUUUGUGCAGCAAAAAAUAUGAUACUGCUGUUGAUGAAGACGAAUAUGCAUAGAUCCUCUGUGGAAUCGAGGAAAUGUGUGAUUGUGUGCAAUACAGACCAUGUAUCAAGAAUCCCCCCUGGCAGCUUAUGGUACAUAUGCAGUUCACACCUGUGAUGGCGGUGCUGUGGCUCAUGCACAGUAAAUACAUGUAUGGCUUCCAUAACCUGUUAGGCUGCAUUCAUAGAAAUUUGAUGUAAUAUGUAAAAAAGCCAUUUGUGCAUAUGCUGUACAUACAGAUGCCUCAGCAAUACAUUUUGUUUACCAAAGUCCCCACAUUGACUAUCUUUGCUCUAAGUUAGAAAAAAUGCUGCUUUUUUUUUACUUUAUCUUUUGUAAAAAUAAAUGAAUAUAUUUUCUUGCUACGGAAAACCCGUUGGGUGUACUUAAAGGCUGUGCAUAUUAUGAAAAAGGUCAAAUCUGUCAAGUAAUGCAGUUACUGUCAUGCAACAUCUCCUAUUUGCAAAAGCUCAGCAAGUCAAGGAAGUACAAUCAUGUUUGUACAUUUUGUUUGUACUUUUAUGCUUGAUUUCGUAUCAUUUUGUUAUAAGUUGUACAUUCUCUGUAACAUAGCCAGGCACUUGUUUAUGGACAGAGCACUUUUUGAAACUCAUGUACUUGCACUUGUGUAGCAUUAGUCAACCCAGAAACUUGGGACAAUCCAGCUGUGAACAGAAACAUGUUCUGUUAAUUUUAACUCACUUGUAUGUUUUGUGUCAGUCAAUAUGAAGUACCUGUACUCAAAGCUGGAGUGCAAGUGUCUUGCUUUUAUCUGUGAAGUUUUAGAAAAGGCGAUUAGUCAAGUAUCCUUGUAGGUUUUUUUGGUUUUGUUUUUUACCUGUUUGUUAAUACUCAGCAGGAUUUGUGAUAAAGAGCCAUAUUCUGUAAUCUGGGCACAACCCAACAUGUUAACCUUUGCCAGCAUUAACCCAUGUUCAUACUUUUUAUUUUUGUCAGUUGAAUCUUUUGGUUUAAGGAACAUAGAUAAGCACCAGACUGUGGUGCUCUUGUGUUUUUUUGCUGAUUUAGCAGCUUGGUUUUACCUCUGAUUUGAAGGACGAUACACACACUGAUCACACAUUGUAAACAGAAACAAUAACUUAUACCUCAAGCUUGAGGUCACUCAGUCAAGACUGUCCCCUGAAUAAACUUUGGAGUUCUUUCUGUAGAUCAUGAUGAUGUACACUAGCCAUAGAAAGCCCUAAUAAAUUCACCCCCC